GACUACUGUUUACUCAUGGUCAAAAGUGUAUGCGACGACUCAAUUUUGACUUCGGAACGCUCGGAUUCGGCGGCUUAUAAAUGCGUGCAGGUUGAUGCGGACCUCCUCAGUUCAGGUUUACUGCUGCAGAUAAAACGUGAUCAUCUUAGAAACAUGACCUCCAGAUUUGCGCAAGUUGAGGCCGCACCGGCUAUCGAAGUCUUCGCUCUCAACAAGGGAUACACCGAAGACACUUUCAAAAAUAAAGUUAGUCUUGGUGUCGGAGCAUACAGAAAUGAGGAAGGCACACCAUGGGUUUUGCCGGUGGUGAGAUUGGCCGAAAAGAAUUUGGCCGCUGAUGAUACCAUCAACAAGGAGUACUUCCCCAUUCUUGGUUUGGAAAAUUUCUCAUUCAACGCCACGAAGCUGCUGCUCGGCGCCCAGAAUGAUGCUUUCAUCGAACAGAGGGCAUUUGGAGUUCAAUCAUUGUCCGGCACUGGAGCUCUCCGAAUUGGUGCUGAAUUCUUGCACCGAGUGCUCGGCUACAACGUGUACUAUUAUUCGAAUCCCAGUUGGGAGAACCACAAGCUGAUCUUCAACAAUUCUGGUUUCACCGAGAGCAGGGAAUACCGCUACUGGUGCCCAGAGAGUCGCGGUUUGAACAUGGAGGGUCUUCUGGAGGAUUUGCGCGGCGCCCCCGAAAACGCCGUCAUCAUCCUGCACGUCUGCGCUCACAAUCCGACCGGUUGCGAUCCCACCGAAGAGCAAUGGAAGGAGAUCGCCGACGUCAUGGAGGAACGCAAGCUUUUCCCGUUCUUCGACUCCGCUUACCAGGGCUUCGCUUCCGGUGAUCUGGAAAAGGAUUCGUGGGUGGUCAGGUACUUCGUCUCCAGAGGAUUCGAAUUGUUCUGCGCCCAAUCGUUCAGCAAAAACUUUGGACUGUACAACGAGAGGAUCGGAAACUUGACCAUCGUCCUGAACAAUGCCAGUAACGCUCCCCUCAUCAAGUCCCAGAUGAGCAUCAUCGUCAGAGGAAUGUACUCUAACCCGCCAAGCCACGGCGCCAGGAUCGUCUCCUUCGUCUUAAACAACAACGAUUUGUUCAACGAAUGGAAGGACAACGUUCGCACGAUGUCCACCCGCAUCUUCGAGAUGCGUAAAGCUCUGAGAGGUGCUCUCGAGAGGCUGCAGACCCCAGGAAACUGGGAUCACAUCACCACUCAAAUUGGAAUGUUCUCAUACACUGGUUUAACAGCAAAACAAUCACAGCAUAUGGUCGAGAAACACCACAUCUACAUGCUCCGUUCCGGCCGUAUUUCCAUGUGCGGUUUAACACACAAGAACAUCGAGUACGUCGCUUCGGCAAUCCACGAAACCGUCUGCAACAUUACCAACAAACUGUAAACGUCUUCGUCUAUGAACUGAAACAAAAUUAUACCAAAAUGGAUAUUUUACAUUGAAUAUAUUUGAUCAUCAAUUCAAUAUAUUAAUUUACUACAAUGUAUCGAUAGAUUUACGUAUAUACACACCAGUAAACACAUAUUAAAAAGAAAAUGCAUUAAAAGACACGAAUUAUCAUAAAUUUAUUUAU